GGUUUCCAGCUGACAGCAACAUCUCGCGCUGCAUCGCGCGCGUCGGAUAUCUCCUCCUCAGUCAGUGGGGGAGCGAGCGAGGAAAGGUGGUGGCGGCAGUGGCUGUUGUGUGUGCGUGUGUGUGUUUGUGCCUGCGCCGCUGUCGACGGUGAUCUUUGACAAGUGGUUCUCAACCCCUAUUCGUCUCGAAGUGUCCCUCGAAAAGCCUUCCUUCCUUCUGAGCGCGGUGGUGGGGCUCGUACCGAUGUGAACUUUUUUUCCCCUGAACUUUCUUUUCAUCUUGAGGCACCAGCCCCGCCGCCUGAGCCAGCGACCAUGCGGGCCGGAGACGUCCUGGCCGAAGAGCAACUGCUCAACGGCCGCAGCAUGCUCGGAUUCGAACACACGCUCAUGUUCGGCCAGUACAAGGAGGACCUGGGAGCAUUUGCCAAGUCCGAGGCCCUCCGGUUGAAGACCAUCGAGAAGCUGCGCCGGAAAGAAGAGAAGCUCGACCAGAAAGAGCUCAAGCCCUACAGGCCCGAGUGGCAACGCAAGUGCGUUGACUUCCUGUCGAGCAUCUGGAAGCACACGUUCGCGAGGCUGGGGGAGGACUGGGUCUUCCUCAUUCUCCUGGGUGUCAUUUCGUCCCUCAUCAGUUUCUCCAUGGACUAUGGAAUUUCCAUGUUCCUCAAAACAAGAAGAUGGCUUCAUAGAGAUCUGACAGACAAUUACAUUCUGAAAUAUGUGGUGUGGGUGUUCUUCCCAGUAUUAUUAAUAUUGUUUUCAUCUGGAUUUGCUCAUACUGUGGCUCCACAGGCAAUCGGUUCUGGGAUUCCAGAAAUGAAGACAAUUCUUCGUGGAGUUGUACUUAAGGAAUACCUUACGUUCAGAGCAUUAGUUGCCAAAGUGAUUGGCUUGACGUGUACUUUAGGAAGUGGACUCCCCCUAGGCAAGGAGGGGCCGUUUGUCCACAUUUCAAGUAUGAUUGCCACAGUUCUUAGUAGGAUAGUGGCGUCAUUCAAGGGCAUUUAUGAGAACGAGUCUCGCACAAGCGAAAUGCUUGCAGCUGCCUGUGCCGUGGGUGUGGCGUGCACCUUUGCUGCUCCACUGGGCGGUGUGCUUUUCAGCAUUGAGGUAACAUCAGUAUUUUUCGCUGUGCGGAACUACUGGAGGGGUUUUUUCGCCGCUGCCUGUGGUGCUCUGGUCUGGCAGCUGCUGGGUGUGUGGCUCAAGGAACAAGAUACAAUCACAGCAGUAUUCAGAACAAACUUCAGGAUGGAUUUUCCGUUUGAUCUCAUUGAAUUAGUCGUUUAUGCUGUGAUGGGAGCUGCAUGUGGGGUGCUGGGCGCCACCUUUGUCUACAUGCACAAAAGGGUUGUUCUGUUCAACCGUAAGCACAAGCGGAUGAGUGCUUUCCUACAGAGGAACCGGUUUUUGUACCCGCUAAUCAUAACGGUGUUCAUCUCGUCUGCUACCUUCCCUGAGGGCUUGGGCCAGUUCAUGGCUGCAGAGUUGACGACGCACGAGGCUGUGCACGAUCUGUUCUCCAACUUCACGUGGACGGCCAACGACCUUGGAGUGGACGAGCACAUGGUGGUGAACCACUGGGGCACCACCAAGGGCAGGAUCUUCCUCACCCUGAGCCUCUUUAUUUUCAUGAACUUGUGGAUGACAGCCCUAGCUGCUACCAUCCCUGUGCCAUUGGGACUCUUCAUCCCAGUGUUCAAGAUGGGUGCUGCUUUUGGGAGGCUCAUCGGCGAAACGAUGGCCGUGUUGUUUCCUGAGGGCAUUCGCAUGGGAGAAAACAUCAACAAGGUCAUCCCCGGGGGCUAUGCUGUUGCCGGUGCUGCCGCAAUGGCAGGGGCUGCAACGCGAACCAUCUCGACUGCCGUGAUUGCGUUUGAGAUGACCGGGCAGAUGUCUCACAUUCUUCCCGUCAUGAUAGCGGUGCUGAUAUCGAACGCCGUGUCCCAGAUGCUGCAGCCUUCGGUCUACGACCUUAUAAUCAAGCUCAAGAAGCUCCCGUACUUGCCGCCCAUCCUUUCCACCUCUUCCGAGGCCCACAACAUCUACGUGGAAGACAUCAUGGUUCGAGACGUGGUCUUCAUCUGGCAGGGAGCGAGCUACAAGGACCUCAAGAACUUGCUUCGUACCAACAAGCGCCUCAACUGUUUUCCCCUCGUCGAGUCCCCAGACUCGAUGAUCCUGCUGGGCUCCAUACCCCGCCUGGAGCUGCUCCGGCUGAUGGAACUUCAGCUUGGCCGGUGGCGCCGCCUGCAGGAGGUUGCUCGCAGGCGCUCCAUGGACAUGACCGCCCACAAGAGCCCCCUGGAGCAGCGGAGGCAGUCACGCUUCGAGGUGGUCCCAGUCACCAACAGCACUCGGCCAUCCCCGAAGUCCUCGCCGCCGCCGUCACCUCCCCUGACACCCAAGUCACCCAAGAAGUCCAUCUUGAAGGACUACGGGAUGCAGUCUCCAUACUCCACCAUCACUUCUCAAGACUCCAGGUUACGACAGGCAUUUGAAGUGAUCUUCAGAAAAUCCCUUACCCUUCAGGACGUCAACCCCGACAAGGACCUUAGUGCACCGAACACUCCCACAAGCACCAAGCGGGUGCAGUUGCCCCGUGAGCGGAUCAUAGACAUGUCCCCGGAGGAGCAAUUGUCUUGGGAGGAAGAUCAAUUGGCCCAGCCGAUUGACUACACUCACUGUCACAUUGAUCCUGCCCCCUUCCAACUGGUCGAAAGGACGACGCUACUUAAGGUACAUUCCAUAUUCUCCAUGCUUGGCCUGCAACAUGCCUACGUAACUACCAUAGGGAGGCUCAUAGGUGUGGUGGCUCUCAAAGAGCUAAGGAAAGCCAUAGAAAAGAUGAACAGCGGAGGGUUCAACAAGCCCGUGGGUGCCCCCGGCAGCGAGCUCCCCAACGGCAUUGUCGGGGGCGAAGCGCCGUCCGAGACGCAGUCAGAGUCAGAAGAGACUGCGGCAGAGUCGUCCUCGCGCUCCAAGAAGCGCAAGAAGUCCGCCAAGUCCAACAACAAAGGCUCGCCCGUCUGACAAAGACCGAGAAGAGACCUUGCGAGGGAACACACCCCGUGGUGCCUCGUUGUGAGAGUGUGCGUGCGCGUGUGACGGCUGCAUCCCCAUCAUGUGUGAUCGUGGUGCGAGUGGGCCCCUCUACCCUCCAACCCCUUUAAAAAAAAGAGAGAAAGACUGGCGCAUGAAAGAAGCGAGAAUGCAAAGCGAACAUGUUGUUGCCCUCAUUUUUCACGCUCAACUUUUACAUGUGUUUUUCUUUCCCGUUUUUUGUUUGUUUUUAGUGUGGCAAUUUUUGGAUGCCAGAUUGUUUUUGGUCUUGUUAUUUGUUAAACCUUUUUUUAUUGUAAAGAUACUUUUUUUUUUCGUUUUAAUCUGUGCGCCAUGUGGCACCACAACAAGAAACGAAGGAGUUGUAAAUUUGCCUUUUUUCUUCUUAGGAACGGUAGCUUGUGGUGGGAGUUCCCACGGCACGGACAAAGAAAAAUAAAGGAAAAAGUAGGACAAGUCAUGCAAC